AUGCUGGCAUUAGCUUCAUGCUGUGUCAAUAUUCAGUAUUGUCAAUCACGGCGAAAAUGGCUAUUUUCAGACAACGACACGUCGUUCAUUCUUCAUGACAUUUUUGCCAACUACGACAAACGAGUGAUUCCGUUCACAGACGGACCGGUUGUCAUUAAUAUGACAAUUGUUUUGGGAAUCCUUGUCGAAUUGAGGGAGAACGAACAAUUGGCGGCGUAUGUCAUUUCGCACACUCAGCGUUGGUAUGAUCGUCGACUACAGUGGGACCCGGAACUAUAUCGAGGGCAGAAAGAGGUAAGCGAGACGAACCCAGUCCGUAGGAUUUGA